AUGACAUGUACUGCUGCUGCGAGAUUUAUGAACGUAAACGAAAGUCUGUUGCGCACAGAUAUGCCUCCAGAAGACCAUGAUGGGACCGAUAUGGUGGAAGUACCAUGGAUAGGUCUGUCUCCACAGCAACCAACCCCCCGGCACCCAUGUACGCUCAGUAUUACAUUCAAGACCACUAUGCGUAAGAAAUACCGCUUGGUUAUGUAUUUAACGCCAAGAUAG